GGUCACUACAGUAUAAACAACUUGUCAGUUUGUCAAGGUCAUCCGUCGCUCAAGGGCGUUAUGCAUUAAGGUCCUAACCGCCAAUUAUAUUCCUGUCUCUUCCUAGCCCCCACGUGGGGGCUACCUGUCUCAUUUUCAGUGAUUUAUAGUGAUUGUCUUUGUUCGACGCCUUCGCAGCAUAUAUGACAGUCUCUUCAUCGGUGUAGACGAACCGUUGACUUUUCCCUCUUGAAGACAUGAGAUGUUUGUGACUACCAGUCCGACACUACGUGGAACGCAUGAAAUAUAUUGUUGGCCGAGUUUUAAGGGAUAUGAGAGAUGCGCUUGACAUUUAAAAUUCUCAGUUCAGGAGGCUUUCAACCUGCUGUAUGGUAUGGUGGAUGUGAUAGCCUUGAUAGUGUAGGUUUCGACAUGUCUGUAGACUCCUAUAAGCUGAAGUUUAAACUCGGUAAGCCGCAUUAUAUCGCUCACAUUGUUAAGUAUCCAUUAACAACCACUUCAUAUUGACAAUAUCCACAUUGGUCCCGAUGCUUGCUUCGAGAACUAUUUCAUUUAGUGUUCGGUAUAUGUAGCUCAAUACUCCUGUUCACUAAUGACUUGCUCCUGACACAGUUCAGAUCCUCAGUUACUCAAAGAUUUGCGUAAUAUGAUCAUUGAGUAUCAUAAGUGAACUUAUCAAUGUAUUUUCUUUCUAGCCUGAAGCUUGACAGUUUCCCUCCAGCUUAAUAUUCCUACAUGAAAAAUAUUUAACCAUCUAUGUUGAAAUUUCUAGUGAUGUUAAUAUGGGUGAUUGUAAACUUGAGCAAUUGAUGAUUUAGAUGAAUGCAGCUGAACUUACAUUUCAUGUUUUGCUUUGUGUUUUACCCUUCACCUUCUGCAAGCGUAAAUAGAUUUCCACAGUAGAUUUAUGUAGAGUCCAUCGCUCCUUGAAUUAGCUUUCUAUAUAUAAGAGGAUAACGAUUUGGAUCCGUUCUAUUCCCCCCCCCCUGUGCUUCCAGCGUGUCAGCUCCAAUGCUAUGGAAGUCCCGAUCAAUUGUUGGCUGGAUGGUGUUUCGUUUUAAAAAUCCCAUAUCCUACUCCAGAAAGCGAAUUUUACCAAUUCAUCUAUAGGGAUAUCUAAGAUGUCUUUAUUUAAAUCGAUCAUAAUAUGUAGGAGAUUGUUAAUUCAUGUUACGGGGAUCGAAUUCCCCCCAACGUCUUUUCAAGAGACUUAGUUAUCUUGUUAGCCCAGUUCACUGGGAGAAAAAAAUCCCUGAUUAUCGAUAUAUCAGAACAUUUAGAUUAGUUUGCGUUUUAAACCGAACAAUUAGUGCUGAAGAUAACUUGACAGGACACAAGGGUACUAGGUGUAAACGAACUUGGACGUUUUAGCGUUACUUCAGUUUUUUGUAUGCGAUUAUUCAGUAAAAUCCCACGUGUUAACGCAAGUUUCUUUUUAAGAAUGUCUACUAAAAAGUCAGACGAAGAGUGGAAAUGUGUUUUGAACCCCGAACAGUAUCGAGUAACUCGUCUUAAAGGCACAGAAGCACCUUUUACCGGUGAAUAUUACCAUAAUAAAGAAAAAGGUGAAUACCUUUGUGUAUGUUGCGGAUCAAAACUUUUUGACUCAUCUGCAAAGUUUGACAGUGGGUCAGGUUGGCCGUCAUUUUAUCAAGUUCAUGGAUCAAACGGACGAGAUGAUUCGCAAACAAAUGUUACUAGAACAGAAGAUAAUUCACUGGACUCGAUGCGAAUAGAAAUCUCAUGUAAACAGUGUGGCGCUCAUCUAGGCCAUGUGUUCGAAGAUGGACCUAAACCAACCGGUUUACGUUAUUGCGUAAACAGUGCAUCUCUGUCAUUUAAAAAAGCAGAAUAAUUAAUUGAAAGAAUAUUAAUAAAAUCACUUGACUGACAAGAAUGCAUCAGGUUUUAAUAUGAGUUGGCUAACGUUUUACCUAAUGUUUGUAUCGAUCAGCUAUCGGCUAAUAAACUCAUAUACUUUCUUACAACCAUGCUUUUAUUACUUUACCCGUUAUAUUCAGUUGAUGGUAGUAAGUGAACUAACUUACUUACUUACUUAUGCCUGUUACUCCUCGUGAAGGAGCAUAGGCCGCUCACCAGCAUUCUCCAUCCAACUCUGUCCUGGGCAAUGCUUUCCAGCUCUUUCCAGUUGUUAUUAAUCUUUUUCAUAUCUACUUCUAUUUCCCGACGUAAUGUGUUCUUUGGCCUUCCUUUUUUCCGCUUCCCUUCAGGAUUCCAAGUUAGGGCUUGCCUCGUGAUGAAGUUUGAUGAUUUGCGUAAUGUAUGUCCUAUCCAUUUCCAUCGUCUUUGCCUGAUUUCAUCUUCAGCUGGAAGUUGGUUUGUUCUCUUGUAGUGUCUGUCAUUAUGUUAAGCCCAAAUAACUUAUUAUUCUAACUUUCGAACAGCCCAUUCUAUUCAUUCUAUUUGAGUCACAUUCUGACCUUGUUAAUUAUUCGCUUAUAAAUAUCUUGACUGCUUUAUAUGAGCACGUAGGCGUAUGUACACUUCUUAUCCCGUUACUCAUUACAUGUCUGUAAUUUAUUUUUGUGGGCUUAUAAAUAUUGAUUAACUCUUUGUUAAAGGAGAGUUGGCUUAGCAGCCAUCUCCACCGCGCGCCAAUUUAGCUUCGCUUUCUCGUCUUCGCAUCGUUCCUCCGUUCGUUUGUCUAAUCAACAAUUAUACAAAAUAUAUGCAUUCAAACUCCA